AUGUGUGCUGCCUUUUUUUGCAUUAUUGCUGUCGUUCUUGUGAGCAUGCUGCCUUGUUCCCUCUCCAACCUCGAAGAAAAUGAGGAAGACGAGACGCUCUGCAACCCGGUGAAUGGGCAGUGCGAUCUCGCGCGGUGCGCCAUAGAAUGCAUGGAGGAGGCCAGGAAGCGUAGGAGUACUUCGUGCGUACAUGCCUCCUGCGACAGGCGUGUCCGUCCUCAGGAGUGCUGCUGGAGGUUUCGCCACCGCCGUCACGUCAUGCUCACCGGAGACGACGUCGUCGUCGUUGGAGCGGAUCCGUGA